AUGAUGAUGAUGAUGCGCCGUGUGAUGUGUGUGUUGGCCGUUGUGCUGUGCUGCACCUGCGGGUAUACCAUGACGGCUGCUGCUGCUGUUGAUAAUGACAGUCCCAGUGGCCGUGGUGUAUCCCGUGGGGCUGUGGAGGUGUCGUGCGGGGCCGGCGGUGCGCUGCGUGUACGCCCCGCUGCUGAGAGCGAGUGGCUUACAUGCGGUGCGGGCAGCCGUGUGUCUGCAUGUGGGAAGUACGCAGACCUCUGCAGCCAACAGCGUACGAUAGGAGGAGGAACAAGAGGAACAACAACCACUGCUGCUAAUACUAUUGCUGGACAGCCAAAGGCGGUGAUGGCGAUAUUUGAUGGUGAUGAUUACAGAAUUGCUGAGCGACUACUACAUAACUUAUCGUUGGAGGCCACUGCGGAUGACGUUAAAAAUGCCAAAAAAGAAGCAGAUGCAAGGCAGGUUGAGCUGAAGAAGAAUUCCACAAAACCUCCAGCUGCCAAAGGAGAAGGAACACUUCCGCCGUCAGGUGCCCAUCCAGCUGCACCGCAACUACCCGGUAAGGCGGACCAAUCGCAUGACGUUAAUCCGCACAAUGUGGAUGCUGGAGCUCGUCCUGGUGCUCCUGAUGUUGUUGCUGCUACACUCGGUGAUAUGCCACCAAGUAAUCCUGACCAAAUAUCUGAAGAAUCACCGCAAAGUGUGGAUCGUGGAUCUGAAAAUCAAGCACAAUCGACCGUACAAGUGCAGGGAGGUGGUCAGCCGCAAAAACCUAAUGCUACAUCGAGUAACGAGGAUGCCGAUAACCAACAAGGAGUGGAAUUGGCCGUACAAGAGCAAGAAGGUGAACCUUCUGCGGCACCUCCGAGUGCACCUGAGAAUUCUUCCAACAAUUCACUCACAGAAACUUCAAACGAAUCUAAUGCUGCAGAGAGUGUGGUAACAAACAUCACAAAUAAUGCGGAAAACACAACUACCACCACAACCACAACCACAACACCUCCUGUUGUACCUUCACCUAACCCAGAGAUCAGCAACAUUGCCACCACAGUGCAGAAGAAUGCUAACGCAGACAAGAGUCUCAGUCCUCUGUGGGUGCGUGUGUCACUACUGAUUGUGGUUACACUGGCCUGUAUUCUUGUGUGCUGA